CCACCAAAUCACGGCUGGGAAUUGAUCGCUCUAGUCUUAAAGAAUAUAGGGGCUGUGGGCCACACACCUUGCUCUGCACCUCCAUACUAUGUCUUGUGGUUCCACAAUAGCAUGUCUUAUGUUUGUGUUGUGAAAGAUUGGUAUCAGCAGGGAAAGCCUAAACACCAAAUGCCACUGAUGGUAGAAAAGCUUGGUAACUCCUUUAUACUCUCACUAAGUGCUGACUUCUUUCUAUUAGAAGUUUGUAAUGGUUUCACACUGAGGUGAAUGGAUUUUGAGUCGUCAUAUACGUAUAUGUAACUUUAGUGCUCUUAUUUAUUUAUUUAUCCUAAAGAAUCUCAGGAAAACCACAGGAUGUUAAUACUGGAUGAAAAGAUUGCAUUUUCCGCGCUUUCUAAAUACUAUUGAAAAGCUCCGUUAUUAGCUUUUUCAAGAUUAGUGGGGUCAACAGAGCAAUCUGAUACUGUGCUAGACACGUGUAACUAAUACCUUGCUGAAAUUUGUUAGUUUCAAGCAUUUGAUGAUGUUUAUUUACAUGAAGGCUACAUUGAAAAGAUGAAGAGUGAAGUUGGGACCGCUUGUACUUACUGUCUAGCUGAAUGGUUAAGACAGCAAUUUUGGGUUAGCAAGGGAAAGACCGCUGUUAAAUACCUAAUGGUGAAGAACCAACCCUGGCUGAAAAACAAUGGCUUCCUUCAGCAACCUGACUAUUGGUAUUGCUCUUGCCAGUUUUACCACGUUUCAGCUCCUGUUCCACGUUUUAAGUUCUUGGCUAUCAACACGGGUAACACCUGGUUUUAACAAUCUCAGCCAAAAAAGGAAGAUCGAAUGGAAUUCAAGGACAGUGUCCACAUUCCAUGCCUUGGUGGUUGGUGGGUUUUGUCUCUAUAUUUUGUUGUACGAUGAUGCUGUUAACGCUGACCAUCUCUGGGGUGACCCUUCAAUUGUGCAACUGAAUAUUGCUAUUACCACAGGCUACCUCAUUUCUGACUUGUUGCUUAUUAUUUACUACUGGAAGGCGAUUGGUGACAAAUUUUUUGUAAUACAUCACUUGGCGGCUCUGUAUGCUUACUACUUUGUACUGAGCAAAGGUCUGUUGGCCUAUUUUGGAAACUUCCGUCUGCUUGCAGAGUUCUCCACUCCUUUUGUCAAUCAGCGGUGGUUUUUUGAAGUACUGGGAUAUCCCAAAUCUUCAAAGGCCAACAUCAUCAAUGGUGUGCUGAUGACAGUUGUAUUCUUCGUGGUGAGGAUUGCCGUCAUACCUAUGUAUUACAGCCGGGUCAUUGCUUCAUUUGGAACUGAGGGUUUCCAGAGGUUAGGGUUUGCAGCCCAGAGCGCCUGGAUUAUCUCAAGCGUUGUCUUGGAUAUUAUGAACUUGAUGUGGAUGGUCAAAAUUACAAAAGGAUGCUACAAAGUUAUUUGUCUUGUUGGACAGGAGGAAGCUAAAAGUCACAAAAAUGGAAAAUCUGACUAGAGAUCAUAUGCAUAAAAUGAAAUUUCUGCUAUGAAAAUAAUCUGGGUUCACUGAACCAGUGCACAUUUCUGCCAUGAAAAGCUCCUGUUAAGGAAACAAGGUAUUACCUCUGUACUGAUCUUACCUUUCCCUAGCCACACUGCCUGUGCACCCAAGGCCACGCUUUAAGGAUCUUAUCCAGUGAGGAAUAGAAGCAAAAGUUCACAGAAAUGAAUGCUACGUGUGUGUUCUUAGCACUUAACAAACUACUGACAUGAGGAAGGAGCAGACUGGUUACUUGGUUGUUGUCCACCAGUGUGUUUGAAGUGUUUCACUCAGGUUUCUCAGAUUAAUGUUUUAUAAAACUAGUGAAUAUUGACGUCUCUCUUUUUUUAAAAAACAGAAACGAAUCUCCCCAAACUCUGAUAUGGUGCAAUUUUCCUGGCACGUUUCUAUGUUUUCUUCUAGGAAUAACAAUCAAGAUUUCAUUCUUGAAAACUUUUUAUUUUUUGCAAGGAAAACAAAAUCUAGCUUUGAUUCUGUGAAGUCUUUUACUGCUUUUUGUUCUGCCUUGUAUGAAUGCAAACCGUUUUGGGAAAUGUAUUAAAUAAUUUUAUCUAAAAUGUUGUAUUAUAAGCCCAUACGAGACACCUUAGCAAUGGUUAAAAUUCUCUGAUUUUUAUGGAAAGGGUUCACUUUUGCUGUUUUAGACUAUAUCUACUAAGUCAGCCAUGGAAAUUAUUUUGUAAGAUGAUAUAGGAAAUGUUGUUUGGAAACAGCAUAAUUCUUACUGGAGUGCUUUUUCCUUUGCUGCUGCUGCCUUUGAGAAACACUGCAACUCUGCUGAGAGUAUUUUUAACCAUUGACUUUUGGGAUGUGAAGUUCAAUUGUAAAAAGAUACAAUUCUUCUGUAUAUGUGCCAUGUAACGUACAGUAUGACUUUAGCACAGAAGUGACCCAUCUGAUGUAAUUUUUUUUUGUCACGCUUUCCUUGCUAGUCACAUCUGAGCUGUUGACUA